UUCCCCAGAUCAUUAGACGUACUUUGUUCAACACCAAAUUUACGCUUUAUUCACCAUCAUCAACAUGUUGCUAUUGAAAACCUUGGAAUAUCUGUUUUACCUCGCCUGGUUCUGUUUUCUAUGCAAAUACGCUCAGGCUGCCAGUCUUCAGCCUACGGAGCCGGCACCAGUGCAAAUGGAGACUUUGCAACCACCUCAGAGGGCGCCAUCAAUGAAUAUGAAUGAGUGUGAAUCCUCAGUCUUCAGUUGGAUGUGUCUCAAGAUAGAAUUUGUUAAGAUUAUGGAACGCUUGGCUGAGCAACAGGAGUUAAAUGUGUUACCGGGCGUGAGUGUUGUUAAAGACGAAAAUGCAACCGAGCUAAAGACUUCCGAACUGAUGGCUGAGGUAGCGCGCAGUUAUCCCAGUGACCCUAAUACCAGACUCAAUGGAUAUAUUCUUGCCAAGAUGCAGAAUCUGCUAAAGACACGCUUCCUGCGCUUUCGCUUAAUGGACGAUUCCAAAAUGGAAGAGGGUCGUAAGCACAAAUUUGGUAAAAAGGGCGGUUUGGAGGCUCUGGUAGCAGCUGGAGUUAUGAUGAAGGGUAUGCUGAUGGCUCUGGGGCUUGGAGCCAUUGCCAUGAUGGCAGGAAAGGCGCUAAUGACUGCUCUGAUGGCUCUAACACUUUCCGGCGUCCUUGGCCUGAAAGGCUUAGCCGGCGGCGGCAAGUCUACAACUUAUGAGAUUGUCGCCAAGCCCAUUUACACUUCCAGCCAUUCGCACUCCGUCAGCCAUGAGGAUGGUCAUGGACACAGUGCACACUUUGCACCUGCCGGAGCCGGAGGCAGCGGCAGCGGUUAUGGAUAUGGAGGCUAUGCUCGCUCACUCAAUUUGCCGAGUCCGAGCCAACUGCAAGCGUUGUAGAGCCUUUGGGAUUAAUCUUUAUUAUUUAUUGUAAUCUUAAUAUUUAUAUAAUUUGUAAACCUAUUUAUUCUAU